GCCAUCAUGUGACAGCGUGCUCCGGAGCAAGUAUAGCCGAGUAACAUCCUUUAACGCGUUGCUCACUCAAUUGUCCAUCAAACAUCGAUUGAGAUGCAACCGCGGAUCUCCACAUUGUCAGCUGCUUUCAGAGGCCCAUCACUAUGGGCGCGCGACGCACAACAAGUCGCAAAGCCGAAGAUAGCGCAAUUCAUCUGCAGGACUUGUCAACGGAAAUUUUCCACGUCACCUGCGCUACGCGCAGCAGCGAAGAAUUUUGAGAAGCCGCGCAUGUAGUGUACAAGUCGAGAUUGUUGAUCUACGAUGCUGGCGACACACGCACAACCUGGGUAUCCUUCUGGAAAGCCAUGGCCCUACUGCAAUUUGGAACAACUCUUGUUUUCGCUGUUCCGCCACUAUGGAAUAAUGAAAACCAGCCUGAUCCCAAUUUGAGAAAAGCUCAGGCUAUCUUAGUUGGGGUUCUCGGCACAAUACCUACACUGACUAUGGCAUACGUGACCGCACCCUUUGUGCACCAAGUCUUCCUCCAGAUACCCGAGCACGCUCGCCGCUCGCGCCACAACCUGAUGAACUUUGCUCGUAGCCUAAACAACCCAGCCAACGCGAGCACUACAGCAAACACCAAGCUCGAGUUCGUAACACUCCGCAUCUUUCCCUUCCGCAAGAAUACCACGGCUUUCUUGCAUGAGUUGCACGCCUUGCCGCCCAUGAAGUUUCGCCUGGCCAACAUCGAGAUCCCUAAAACAAAUGAGUGGGCAACGAGACAGCGCGAGAAGGGCAUCUGGAAACGCAUGCUGGAGGUAAUUGCAGAGCCGCGCUAUAAAUUCUUCGUCAAGGAGGGGAAGAUGUUCACUGCGAAAACUGGCGUGCCAGGCGUGUGGGAGGAGGUCGCUAUAAGGAUCAAGGGACAGACGAAUAAGGCAAUCGUGCAGGAGAACUGUGCUGUCACUGUUCCAAGGCGUGCGAUCAGAAGACCUGUAGUAAAGGGGCCGGUUGUACUGAGGCGACCAGCGAGGCCGGCCGUGGAGGAGACGAUAGUCAAGAGGCAGACCGCGAGGAGCUCCAGGUAGAAGGUCGCCUGGAACAGGGAACCAGUGAGUUGUAAUAGUAGAGAUAUAGCAGAAUCACCGAGUCAGCUGGUACUCUUUGAUUCUUGCUUAGCCCUCGUGA